CGACCAUCUCUCGUAAGCGACCACUUUUUCCUGAUCCCGAGGUGGUCGUACGUUUACGUUGUCGAUCCCAUUGCAUUGUGGAUGAUAUUAGAAUUCAAGAUGGCGAGCCGUUUUCCAGCUUCUGCCCAAAUGAAGAUUAUGGCGGCCGGUAUGCCUCAACAAGGAGGAAUGUAUCAACGUCAACAGUUCCAACAACCAUCAUAUGGAGUACAGAGACCUACUGGCACAGGAAGCCCAAUGCCAAUGCGCAUGCCAGCUCCAUCAGGAUCCCAUCACUAUUCACCUAAUGUACCGAGGGCUAGUCUAGCUCCUGGUGCAGCAGCAGCAAUGGAACAAGCAAGGAGACGUCAAGACUUAAAAUCAAGACGAAGGAAAAAGAAAAUUGCCGACAAGGUCCUCCCACAAAGAGUAAGGGAUCUUGUCCCUGAGUCACAGGCCUACAUGGACCUUCUAGCCUUUGAACGGAAGCUGGAUGCAACAAUAAUGCGUAAAAGAAUGGACAUCCAAGAAGCCCUUAAGAGGCCAAUAAAGACCAAGAAAAAACUAAGGGUUUACCUCACAACAAACUUUCACACUCCUAAACCAGAUGCAGAAGAUGAAGAAGCCCUGUUACCUUCAUGGGAGUUACGAGUUGAAGGAAGGCUCAUUGAAGAUCCUAAUAACAAGACAGAAGUACAAAGAAAAAGAAAGUUUUCAACAUUCUUUAAAAGUUUAGUGAUUGAGCUUGAUAGAGAGUUGUAUGGACCUGACAAUCAUCUGGUUGAGUGGCACAGAACAUCUACAACUCAGGAAACAGAUGGAUUCCAGGUGAAAAGACCAGGAGAAGAGAAUGUUAAAUGCACAAUCAUGUUUCUACUUGAUUACCAGCCUCCACAAUAUAAACUAGAUCCAAGACUUGCUCGUCUCCUAGGGAUACAUACCCAGACCAGACCAGUAAUAGUCAAUGCCAUCUGGCAGUACAUCAAGAGCCAUAACCUUCAAGAUGCACAUGAAAGAGAGUAUAUUAACAAYGACCGCUAUUUUAAGCAGAUCUUUGAGUGUGAGCGUAUGAAGUUCAGUGAAAUACCUCAACGAUUAAGCCAGCUAUUGAUGCCUCCAGAUCCAAUUGUUAUCAACCAUCUCAUCAACAAAGAUGUACCAGAAAAUAAACGUGUUACUUGUUAUGACAUUGAUGUAGAAGUGGAUGACACUCUCAAGGCUCAGAUGCAAUCAUUCCUGUUGUCAACRGCCAGUCAAAAUGAGAUUGCUACAUAUGAUAACAAGAUUUAUGAGACGGUUGAGACAAUUAACAAUCUCAAGAUCAAUCGUGAGUUCUUCCUGGGUUUUGCACGAGAUCCACAGGAGUUUAUUAACAAAUGGGUGCAAUCCCAGAGUCAAGACUUGAAAGUCAUGACAGAUGUUGUAGGUAAUCCUGAGCAAGAAAGGAGAGCUGACUUUUAUUACCUUCCCUGGUCACAAGAAGCUGUUUGUCGCUACUUCUACAGUAAGGUCCAGCAGAAACGUGCUGAAUUAGAGCAGGCGCUGGGGAUCAGGGGGACAUGAUACCGACAUGUUGGUUUAUUUAGUGUUARGAUGAUAUCUGAUGGAUAAAGAGUUAUACACUUACUCAGACGAUAUACAAGAUACAUCUUUAGUGUACUUAAGAGAACAACUUUCAUAAUUUUAAAAGACUUGAAAGAUUUGGUUUCAUGUCUUURAAAAAGUCAUCUUGAAUACUUACUGCCAAACGCGUUUUGCAAGCUUAGCUACACACGAUUUUCAGCACAAACCUGUGAAGACUUGGCGUACCUUUUACUAGUGUCUACUAAACAAUAUGGAACAAAUAUAAUUCCUAGGAAUUUUGAUUAGAUAUAGUUUAGAGUAAAUAGGCAGACAAUUUGAUUCACGCAGAGCUUACAACUUGAUAGAAACUUGAGGUGCUUCGUUCAGCAAUGGCAACUUACGCACUUAUGUUAACGGGGCCCAUCAGAGACCAGACGGCCAUACGAAGCAUUCAGUGUUCAUUCCACAGAACAUGUGUUAAGUAAAUACAAUAUUGAUUCAAAUUGUGCUAAUAAAAUGUCAUCAUUUUGCCAAUUGUUAUGAUUCACUACCAUUUAAUAAGAUUUAACUCAUAUAAUACAAUCAAGACAAAUGAGUAACCAGAAAUUCUUUUCUUGUAUUAAGUAAUGGCAUAUAAUAGUCGAAAUAAAAAGACUAAAUAUGAA